UGUGCAAAACAAAGUGUGAAACCAAGCAACACCAAAUCAUGUGAUUAUAUUCUUCAGCAAAACUAUGCCUUUUAAGGAAUGCAAAUGAAAUUGGUAUAAGCAGACAGGAUAUGACAUGCUGCUAUACUUUGUCCAUGUUCAGCCCAUCUGCUAAGAGUAGAGUCUUAAACAGACCACACAUUAAAAACGCACAGCUUCCAUCAUUUAUACGACUGCGGGAAAGCCACUCAAAAAUGUCUGAGAGUAUUUACGGCAAUAUAAACACUGAUAGAACAUGGGUUAUGGACAGAUGCACCAAGGCAAACCAUACACCUCAACACACAGGAAGUGAUCCAGUGCAGAUCAGAAGCUCCAGAGCAGCUGCAGUGUGUCUGUUGCUGCUGUGUGUUGUUCUGCUGACUGCAGUCAUAGUGCUGUGUGUCCACCUCCAUACAAAGAACACAAACUACAGAGAAGAGACACACAAGCUACUAUCCAAGAUUAACAACCUCACAGAACAGAGUGACCUGCUUCUAACCAAGUACAUAAACCUGACAAAUGAAAGGAAUGGAUUAUUCAAACAAAGAGACCAGUUCAAUCAAGAGAGAAAUCGACUGCAGAAGAUUCUCAAUGAAACGGAUGGAUGGUUACACUCUAACUUCAGCUUUUACUUCAUUUCAUCACUGAAGAAGAGCUGGACUGAGAGCAGAAAAUACUGUACAGAGAGAGGAGCAGAUCUGAUCAUCAUAAACAACCGAGAGAAACAAGAUUUUGUUACAAAAAUGACUGAUAAAAGAGAAUUCUGGAUUGGUGUGACUGACAUCAAGGAAGAGGGCAGAUGGAAAUGGGUUGAUGGCACCAGCGUGACCUCUGGGUUCUGGGCAUCCAGUGGACAAAUAACAGAGCCAAAUGGAGGUAGACAAGAGAAUUGUGCUGUGACUUAUUUAAAAAAGCACCCUGAAUUAAUAGGGUGGAUUGAUAUUACUUGCAAUGGUGCUUAUCAAUGGAUCUGUGAGAAGAGUGGAUGGCCCUAAGAACAACACACGCUUUUUUCCCCACAGGGUUUUAAUUUUUUUAAAGUUUUAAAGUUUUAGCUAAUGAUAAUAACCCUGUUCCAGACCUGGUAAAACACAUCUUAACCAGCGAAUCAAGGUCUUUGGGAUCACUAGAAGAUUCCAGGCAGUUGAGUUACAGCUCAAGUCUUCAGGAUGGUGACCCUGCAGGAGCAGGACUGAACACUCCUGAUCUAGAAGUAAUACCUGUUUAGGCCUAUACAUGCAUUCAUUUGUAGUCGCUUCCUAAAAACUGUUGUAUUUUGCUACAACAACAAAAAAAAACUAUUCACCUACAUACGUGGCUUACCAUUAUUUAGAUGUUUGCUUUUUUGAAAGCUAAACCCCAGAUUGCUUUACUUUAUUUAUAUUUAGCAAGUUGUUUACAUGUUACCCUUAUGUUAUUUUCAUUAUUAAA